CCUGCCGCGUCCGUGCCUCGGUCUUGCCAUGAUGUCGCUCGCUCAGCCCGCGCGCGCGCAAACGGUGCGUCGCACCCCCCAUGUCCCACAGAUGGGGAUAGUGAGCGCCGGUGACGCUCCCACAGGCGGCAGCCGCGGCAGCCGCACUGCCCCUCCAGCAGAAUGCAUCAGUCGAGCUCCCGCCCACGCUCGCACCACCGCUCGCCGUGCGCCGCUCGACGCGCCCAAAGCUGGCAGUGCGACGUGACAACGUCAGUGCUGCACUGGUACCUGUUCUCAAGCGGCUCAACGAACUGCUACGCCACCACUACGCUGCGCCCUUUGCGACGCCGGUCGACCCAAGCAUCUUCCCCUCCUACUAUCACGGGCCGCGCGCAGUCGAGGACCCGGUCGACCUCGGCACCAUCAAGAAGAAUGUCGAGGCGGGCAAAUACACCAGCGAAGUUCACGUGAAGACGGACGUGGACCGUGUGUGGGCAAACUGCCGCCAGUACAAUGGCCGAGAGUCCGAGCUUGCGCGGAUGGCGGAGAAGCUCGAGGAGGUCUUUGACGAGAAGAUGGCCACCAUCCCACAGGAGGUGGAGGCGGCGGAGGCGGCGGCGCGCCGAAAGGACGACCAGCGCAAGGCCCGGCGCGAGCACGCCCUGAGCAUGAAGAUGCAGGACCUGCAGCGGCAGAUGGCAGAGAUGAAGCAGCUGCUCGAGAUGCAGCGGCAGUGCAUCGUCGAGCCUUCGCCUGCCGCGCCCCCCACCGCCGCCGCGCUCCCCGCCGGCGCGCUACCCGCCGCCGGCAAUAAACGCCCAAGGGGUGCGACGCCGCCGAUCGACCUGUCACACGACAUGACGCACGAGGAGAAGGCGCGGCUGACGGCGGCCAUCCAGAAGCUGAGCAGCGACAGGCUGCCCGGGGUGGUUGCCAUCAUCCGGGAGAGCACGCCCUCGCUCGGCAACGGGACGGACGAGAUCGAGGUGGACUUCAACGCUCUCGACCGCAAGACGCUGUGGGAGCUGCACCGCUUCGUCAACGCCCGCCACAAGAAGAGGCCAUCCAAGAAGCAGGCGCACCACACUACCGUCUCGCGCAUGGCUGCCGUGGAGCUGGCAAAGGCGCAGACCGAGGAGCGCAUCGCGUACCUGCAGCAGUCGCUUCAGAGCAAGCGCGGCGGUGGCACGGACGACUUUGGCGGCAACGAUUUCGGCUCCGAGUCCGACGUGGACGCGCUUUCCGACUCGGACUGAUAUACCGUCGAGGGCCAGCAGGCAGCAGCGGCCCACCCUGCAUGACCCCGUGGCUCAUACACCGCCAGGGCCAGAGGAGCGACGCCACAAGGAUAACUGCCUCCACGUAAUAGUGUGUGCAGCAUUGCCCAGGCGGCCUACGGCAGGCGCGUCGCGCUCGGUGGUUAUAGCCCGCAUGCACACUUAGUUAUUAAGCUUGCUCGAUGGUCACCGGUUCUCGGUCGUUUGAAACGUUUCCUGUCAAGUGAGAAGUGUCGUGUUGGUGCGAUUUUUUUCCUAUUUUUUUCCAACUCCGGUCACCGAGUCUG